AAGCAGUGGUAUCAACGCAGAGUACUAUUUUAUAUAAUUGAGGAUAAAUUUUUCUAUUUUUUUUUGUUAAGAGUUUUUUUAGGCAGUGAUUUAAAGAAAUAAAUUUAGAGAAAAAAAUGGGAAAUAAAAACUAAUUAAUUAGCGUAAAAUAAAAUCUUCCUGUUCCUUUAUGGUAUACUACAUCAAAUAAAAGAGCAUAAAAUAUGCUACAAUAUUAUGCAAGGAAAAAUUGAUUACAUACUUUUAUUAAAGAAAUAAAAGACGAAGGAAAAAAGUACUUUUUUUUUGAAAAACUCUCAUAUUUUUCACUCAAGAAAGGGUUUCGGAAAAUUAUUAAAAAAUAUAAUUAUAGUGGUACAAAGCAUUGAUAAAGCUUUUCAUAAAAGAAAAUUCUCUAACGACUAUAAAACUGUGGGAGAAAAUCAUUUUAGAGUUCGUCUUCAACUGGAAAAUUCGUUGUUUUUCCAGCGCUUUUCGGGAAAAGAAUGCGAUUUUUUAAGUCCUUAAAUAUGUCUUUAAACAAGUUAUAAAAAAAAUGAAGAUUGGUUAGAUUAUUGGUGUUGUAGGAAAAUUCCUUCCGAUUGCGUCAGCCAAGGGACGGUAGGUCAACCCAAACGCAUCCUUUCAAUUUUAGGGCCAAAGGUUGGUUAGAUUGGUUAGAGCUAGGGAAUUGCUUCACUUAACAUGAUUAAAACUCCUUAACAAAAAGAUUUUAUUUUAUUUAAAAAACAUUCUAAUUAGAACACUAAUUCCUUAUUCUUAUGGAUAUUAAAGUUUUUUAGCAAAAAUAAUUCCACAAAAUUUAUAUUUAGGAACAUAUAAAAUGCAAUUUAAUUUUUUAUAAAGAGGUCCAAAAGUUUCAAGUGCAAGGGUUUGGAAAAUUGUCUGAAAAUGCAUUUUCCCCUUGAGAUAGAAAAAAAUCGUCUUUGACAAAGUUGUAGCCCGGAAAAUUUGCUACAAGAUAAUCCUUAUAGGAAAAAUUAAAUAUUUUCAUAGAAGUCAGAAAAAAAAUUUCUCCCAAAAAAUUGUUGCCUUAAGUUGUUGGCUGAAACAAUAUCUAUGUAGUGAAGAUGGGGAAGCAUGUGGAAGUGUAGCAUGGUUGGUGUCAUGCUAUCCACCGCGCACACACUCAAACCAUUCCAUUCAGUGGGCUGAUUUUAUCAUCAUCUGUCAGUUGAGAGCAGAGUUUUCAAGUGCUCUGGAGAAUGCGCAGAGCAUUUUGUGAAAAUUUCCCGUAGAAAGAAAUUUAUAAACGACGGCAAACCAGCUCUGAAGAAUGGCUCAACAUCCACUACUCAUGAGAGUCGUUGCAUUCUCAAUAACUGCAGCAAAUAGAGCUGGAGAAAUAAUUCGUGAAGUGCUGAACAAGGGAGAGUUGGGCAUUGUGGACAAGGGGAAAGACGACUUGCAAACAGAGGCGGAUAGAUCAGCACAGAGAUGCAUAGUGGCAUCACUCAAUAGGCACUUCCCCAAGGUGAAGGUUAUCGGCGAGGAGGGCGCGAUGGAUUUGAAAAUCCCCCCGGAAUGGCUAACAAAUGAGGCUGAUUCGGAUUUCUUGCGCAAUAAAUGCCCAGAUUCCCUGAAGAACAUCACCGAGGAGGAUCUCGUGAUUUGGGUGGAUCCCCUCGAUGGCACAUCGGAGUACACACAGGGCUUCCUUGAGCACGUCAUCGUCCUCAUUGGGGUGUCGGUGAAUGAGAAGGCCGUUGGUGGGGUAAUUCAUCAGCCCUUCUUCAAAACAGACUCCGGUGCCAUUGGGCGCACCAUUUGGGGUGUCAAGGGCAUGGGAAUUGGUGGCAUAGAGCCAACCACCACCCCACCGGAUGGUCGUUUUGUCGUCACCACAACGCGUUCCCACUCAAAUGCCCUCGUUCAGAGUGCCCUGGAUGCCCUAAAACCCGACGAGGUGCUCCGUGUUGGUGGGGCAGGCUACAAAAUCAUUCAACUCCUCGAGGGGAAGGCACAUGCAUACGUUUUCGCGAGUGCCGGAUGCAAGAAAUGGGACACAUGUGCCCCCGAAGCCGUUCUCGAAGCAAACGGCGGAAUACUCACGGACAUCAUGGGCAAUCACUAUCUCUACGGGAAGAACGUUGCAUUCCCCAAUAAGGGAGGCGUCCUAGCCACAGCCAAAGGGGUCAACUACCAGGAGGUAUUAAAUAAAAUUCCUACCCAAGUCAAGGAGACUAUAUCAAAGAAAUUGUAAUUAAAAAAAGGAAUAAUUUGGAAAUAUUACACCGGAAAUAAAAUAAUAAAUUGACGUCAGGCUCGCUGAUAGAGUAAAGAA